AAAAAUACAGCUUAAUUAAUAUGUAUUAUUAACAAUUUAAAGCAAUUUUUUUGGCUUAUUGCAAUUAUUGUUACUAUUAAUUAGGCAACCGAACGUGGUUUUUCUGGUCUUGAUUUGAAACAACGUGCGGGCAUUUUUAUUUUUAUUUUUAUUUUUAUUUUUAUUUUCAUCUUUCCUUUUAAAAUUAGGGUUUAUUCCUUGGAAUCGAAGUCUCUAUAUAUUUGGGUUUCUUUGAGCUGAGUUGAUCCUUGCAGCGGUUUUGGGUUAAUCUUAUUGUUGGUAAGAUUGAACCCAGGCACAGUCCCAAAAAAGGUUGUGGCCCCUAACUGCUGCACUUAAAUUCAGGUGUAUUGGAUCAUUUUUUGAGUAUCCAUGAAAUUCUAUUUGAUCAGAUCUCCGAUUUUCACAAUAACAGUGAAGUGGGUUUAUGCCAGUUGACUUUGGGCUGCAGAGAGCGGCCUCACUAAUGUUUCCUUUUGCCUCUACAAGAAUAUUGUCUUAGGGAUCCCUUGAAAUAAUGAAGUUGAAGAAUUGAAUUGUUUUUUCUUGGUGAGAAGUAUCUAUCAACACAAUGCAGCUGGGAUUCCAACAGUUUCUGUUAUUUUCACUCUUUUUCUUGUUGUUAUCUGGUUGUGUUAAAGCAGAGUCAGAAACAGAAAGUUUGCCAAAAUUAAGAACUGCUCCACAUAGGAAUGUAGGAGAUAAUAUUAUAGAUGGGUCUGGAACAGAGACUGCCUUCCGGUCAGAAGAUGGUAAAAGUGUGCUGGGUGAGAGGAAAGGGGGUACCACCAGAGUUACGGUGUCCACAGUUGCAUUAUUUACUCUGGCAAUGGCUGCUGCCACAGGAUUAGGUGCAGUCCCAUUUUUCUUUGUCGAGCUUGAUCCCCAGUGGGCUGGAAUAUGCAAUGGAAUGGCUGCUGGUGUGAUGUUGGCUGCCAGCUUUGAUCUUGUACAGGAAGGGCAGGAGCAUGGUACUGGAAAUUGGGUCAUGGUUGGCAUUUUGGCAGGAGGCAUUUUCAUUUGGCUUUGCAAGAAGUUUCUUGAACAAUAUGGGGAAGUAAGUAUGUUGGACAUAAAAGGAGCAGAGGCAGCCAAAGUUGUUCUUGUCAUCGGAAUAAUGACUCUUCAUUCCUUUGGGGAGGGUGCUGGUGUUGGAGUUUCCUUUGCUGGCUCAAAGGGUUUCUCACAAGGCAUUUUGGUAACUUUGGCUAUAGCUGUGCAUAACAUACCAGAGGGAUUGGCUGUGAGCAUGGUGCUUGCAUCAAGGGGAGUUUCACCGCAGAAUGCAAUGUUAUGGAGUGUAAUUACAUCAUUGCCUCAGCCCAUUGUAGCAGUUCCUUCUUUUAUAUGUGCUGAUGCAUUUAACAAGUUCCUGCCUUUCUGUACGGGCUUUGCUGCUGGAUGUAUGAUUUGGAUGGUUGUCGCCGAGGUUCUCCCUGAUGCAUUCAAGGAAGCCUCUCCUUCUCAGGUUGCAUCAGCAGCUACCCUUUCUGUGGCGUUCAUGGAAGCCCUUGGCACUUUGUUCCAGAAUUUCAGCCAUGACUACAACUCAGAGGAUGCUUCUGGAUUUUUUGUUUCCCUACUUUUUGGUCUCGGGCCAUUGCUUGGUGGCAUUGUUCUUGUGUCAUUUGCUCUUGCAUUCCGCUUCCAACAUGCUCUUCUCACAAGUGUAGCCUCUGGCAUUGCCUUUGUACUUGGUGUCUGGCGACCAUUGCAGCUAGUGCUGUUUUCAAAAAUGGGGUUUAUACCACUGAUGUUUCUGCUCUUGAUGGGAUCUGCAUUUUUCCACAUUUCUACCUCCAAUAUUUUGAAGUAUGCAGGCCGCAAAAGGGCUUCGGUUAAUGACUUAUCUUCAGUAACUGGCAUUUCAGUGAGUGUUCUCACACUCCAGGCAUUCUUAUCAUGUGGAGCAGUUGCCUUCCAUGCAUUGGCUGAGGGGCUUGCACUAGGAGUUGCAGCACCCAAAGCUUAUGGGCUUGGUCGACACAUGGUCCUUCCUGUCUCUUUACAUGGGCUCCCUCGGGGAGCAGCUGUGGCUAGCUGCAUCUUUGGCGCAACUGACAGUUGGCAUGGGUCCCUUGCAGCUGCUGCCCUUAUUGGGUUUGUUGGUCCAGUGUCUGCAAUUGGAGCGAUACUUGCAGGAAUUGACUACAGUGGUCUAGAUCACUUGAUGGUAUUUGCAUGUGGGGGUCUACUCCCAGGCUUUUGGAAAAUAGUGCGGAGAUCAUUGAGAUUGGAUAUGCGAAAAAGCAUUUGUGGGCUUAUGAUUGGUGUGGGGCUUGCUGCUCUGUGUUUAACAUGCACCAAGUUGGUCUGCUUGCACACACCUUACUGCAAUUCUGCACCAGAGGCUGUCAGAUGAGUCGAUCAUUCUAAAGCUCAUGUCAUGCUCAGAUUGAGGUACACCUGCAUAUCAAACACUGUUAGCACAGCAUUUCAAGGUGGACCAGACUUGUGUAAAUUUGUAAUAGAGAUUUUGGGAAGACAAGAACGAUAUAAAAGGGUCUUUGCUGGGAAGAUUUAUCAUCAUCCUAUGCAAGGGGAGGAGGUAUUCUGCUCUACACAUUAGAUUUAGUUUCCUAUAACCGUGUGAGUAUUUUCAUUUCCAUUCAUCUAGUAGGAGUCAGGGGAGGAGUCCUGACCUGUCAUUCCCCUUGUAACAAGAGAACAACUCAGAUCAAAAGCCUUAUGUUUUUGAAUAUGAUUCAUGCAUUUACCUAUCAAA